AUACAGAUACUUGUAUAGAUACAGUACACGAGACGAUACAUAUAUCAUCAGAAACCAGUCAUCUAAUCAUCAGUACCUUCACAAAGCAAAACCCUAAUUUGAAAUCCGAGCAGGAUCCGCAACUCUCUGUCUCCAAUCUUCGUCGCUAAUCAUGGGCUCAGAUGCUGAUAUGGAGGAUUAUGGAUUUGAAUACUCCGAAGAGGAGGCUGAAGAGCAGGAUGUUGAUAUUGAGAAUCAGUACUACAAUUCCAAAGGUUUGGUUGAGACUGAUCCGGAGGGUGCCCUUGCUGGUUUUGCUGAGGUAGUUGAGAUGGAACCAGAAAAGGCAGAAUGGGGAUUUAAAGCUCUCAAACAGACUGUCAAACUUCAUUAUCGUCUUGGGAGUUAUAAAGAGAUGAUGGAAGCCUAUAGGGUGAUGUUGACCUACAUAAAAUCAGCUGUGACAAGGAACUAUAGUGAAAAGUGUAUAAACAAUAUCAUGGAUUUUGUUUCCGGGUCAGCUAGCCAGAAUUUUGGGCUUCUGAAGGAGUUCUAUGAGACCACUUUGAGGUCUCUUGAAGAGGCUAAAAAUGAGAGGUUGUGGUUCAAGACAAAUCUCAAGCUAUGCAAAAUUUGGUUCGACAUGGGCGAGUAUGGUAGAAUGAACAAGAUUUUGAAGGAACUCCACAAGUCUUGUCAGAAGCCUGAUGGCAGUGAUGAUCAAAAGAAAGGGACCCAACUUUUGGAAGUAUAUGCUAUUGAGAUUCAAAUGUACACUGAAACCAAAAAUAACAAGAAGCUCAAGCAACUGUACCAAAAAGCACUUGCAAUUAAAUCAGCAAUACCACAUCCAAGAAUAAUGGGCAUCAUUCAUGAAUGUGGCGGCAAAAUGCAUAUGGCAGAGCGCCAGUGGGCAGAAGCAGCCACAGAUUUUUUCGAAGCUUUUAAGAAUUAUGAUGAAGCUGGGAAUCAACGGCGUAUCCAAUGCCUAAAAUACCUGGUGCUGGCCAACAUGCUAAUGGAGUCUCAAGUUAAUCCUUUUGAUGGGCAAGAAGCCAAGCCAUACAAAAAUGAUCCUGAAAUACUGGCUAUGACAAACUUAAUUGCGGCCUAUCAAAGAAAUGAAAUAUUGGAAUUUGAGAAAAUUGUUAAGAGUAACAGGAGAACCAUUAUGGAUGAUCCUUUCAUUAGAAAUUACAUUGAGGACCUCUUGAAAAAUAUCAGAACCCAAGUCUUGCUUAAGCUCAUCAAACCCUACACAAGGAUCAGAAUCCCUUUUAUUUCAAAGGAGCUGAAUGUGCCAGAGGCAGAUGUUGAACAGCUGUUGGUGUCACUUAUAUUAGAUAAUCGAAUACAAGGGCAUAUUGAUCAAGUGAAUAAACUUUUGGAGCGUGGUGACAGGUCGAAGGGAAUGAAAAAAUAUGCUGCUAUAGAGAAAUGGAAUAUGCAGCUGAGGUCACUUUAUCAGACUGUUAGCAGCAGAGUUACCUGAGAUUAAAAUUUAGAUCAAAUUUUGUUGAUUUUGAUUGUUUCUACUUGCCGUAUCAAGUUUGGUGUAGUAAAGUCGCUAAAGUUACUGGGGAAUGAAAUCGACUUGAUUAAACUCAGUUUUCUAGACACUUAUGAAUUAUUACAAACCCAAGGGUAGCACGUUUAGAAGAAAUGAAAAGUCUGAACUACUUUUGCACAAUUCUGUGUUUAAACAAAAAUGUUGAAUUUCAAUUCUUUUGCCCUGUUA